AUGCCCGUCCGGAUUUCGCCAUUGCGCGUAUCAAGAAGCCCGUUCACCACCAAAAAUGAUAUGGAAGCCGCCAGCCGCCUCCAACAGCAACACUACCAGCUCUUCAAAAACACGCGGAGAAUUCACUCACUCCAACGAGUUACAAAGACUGAAACUUAUCUUGCUGCAUUGCCUGCAAACCACCAAGCCCUUCUUGCAGAUUACAAAGGACACCUACGAGAUAUAAAAACCUGCAUAGAACGAAACCAUCGGAUCAUACAAUUGAUUAUCAAGGAUGUGGCAUACAUGUUUGAGAAUGUUGUAGCACCUCCUGAACCAGUUACGGUGAGCCCAAUGCCAGGAGUAGCAGACCUUGAAAAAGUUCAAGCAACUCUUAAGCAGUUUGUCCGUGACUGGAGCCAGGAGGGAGCUGCAGAACGUCAAGCAUGCUACCAGCCAAUUAUUGAUGAGAUUAUAGCCAAUUUUCCUCCUGAUCAGUGGUAAACAACCAUGCACAAAACCUGCUUUAUUUCCAGUUUGUGUAUUAUUCAUAUUGGGAUUGGCUUUGGAAUAAUCUUCAAAUUAUAUUACAAAUGUUGGGCCAACAGGCUCGCUCUUCCACCUUACCACUCAAUUUGAAAUUUGCAAGAAACAAAACUGUGGUAAAUUUUGUCUACAAUUGCAUUUGUAUUAUCAGGUUUUGUUUUGUUUAUUUUAUUUUAUAACAGCAUUCCAACAAAUAUACGAGUGCUUGUUCCUGGUGCUGGUUUAGGCAGGUUGGCUUAUGAAAUUGCACGGCGUGGUUACACUUGUCAAGGCAACGAAUUCAGCCUCUUCAUGUUAUUUGCAUCAAAUUUUGUCCUCAAUAGAUGUCGAGGCACAAACCUCCAUAAAGUGUAUCCCUGGGUGCAUCAAUUUGUAAACAACCUUGCUGCUGCUCAUCAGACAGAAGGUGUAUCAUUUCCUGAUAUCAACCCUGCAGAGCUUCCAAGCGAUGCACACUUUUCAAUGGCAGCAGGAGACUUCCUGGAGGUAUACACUGACAAUGAUGAGUGGGAUUGUGUUGCCACUUGCUUUUUUAUUGAUUGUGCCAAUAACAUUGUGGCCUUUAUAGAAACUAUUUACAACAUUAUUAAACCAGGUGGGUUAUGGAUUAAUUUAGGUCCACUUCUGUACCACUUUUCUGAUGUUCCUGAUGAAGACUCAAUUGAGCCAAGUUACGAAGUUGUUCGGGAUGUGAUUCAGAAGAUAGGAUUCACAAUUGAACCACUUACUGCCUCUCUUCAAACGAAUGAGGUUGAAUCAGGGAAUCAAAGUUCUUUUGUAACAACGGACUGUCCUAUGUCUCCAAGAUCACCAGCUCCUCCUGUGGAUGGUUUUCGAGAUUCUGGAUUUGAUUCAACAGUUAACUCUGCUUCAUCUGCUGUGGUUUGCCCAACCAGUAAAGAAUAG